CUGGCCCCGGCAGGAGACAGCUGAGUCCUCGCCGAGUCACGAAUGAGCCUCCGGUGAGGGAGCUUCGUUCCUUUCGUGAAAUCUCGUGUACCUUCGCCGGCGCUUAUCAUUACACGCCAAUAAAUCGCGCGUCGUUCUCUUCGGUUGGCUGAUAAUCGUCUUCUCGCGGACACGUUGGAGAUCCCCCGCGUUUACGCAUUCACGCGGGAAACGAACAGUGUUAAAUGUCGAGGUGAUUGGUAGAGUGUCAUGGUUCUGGUGCAUGGAGAUAUCCACCGCACACAAGUAGCCCCGACUUGCGUACGGAUACGCUUCCGUGCAACUUGCGCGCACGCGAGACCUUUCGACGAAUCUCCGAUGGAAGAUCGAGAGGGCUGAAUCGGAGGCGAAAAUAUGCCCGGGCGAUCACCAGCGAGGGCGUACGAGCGGCCCAUUGCGAGCGCGGGCCGCAAGCUCGCCGCUACUUGAAUGUCACCGCCGGAGAACAAAUGACCAGGGCGCGGGAUGGGCGAAUCCUGGCUCUCGGUCUUACUCGCUGCCACGCUGACAACGAUGAUGAUGACAGCGAUGACGAAAGCCGAUCCAUUUUCAACGCCGUCGACGAUCACUCGUGACGAUUUUGUCGAUUCCAAACUGUCGCCCAUCGAGGAAGCGCUGGACGUGAUAGAGGCGGCAUCAACGGGUUCUCUGGGAGAGGUGUGCGUCAAUUCAGCGGGAUUUAAAUCACUACCAGCUGGUGUCGCUCUGGAUUCGAGACGUUAUGACACGGCGCGUCAGAAGACUGACUUGACCGCGAUGAUGCUCCAAAAUCUCGGGGCUGUUGAGGCGAUGCGACGUAACGCUCUUUUAGAUGCCCUGACGAAGUCUCUGCUCGUGUCGGUGGACGACGCGUUGGAGGCGAGGGUGAUAGCGCUAAACGCCUCUACCGGUACGGUGAUUACCGCGGUAUGGCUGAAGCGUAGCCCUGGAAGCGUAGGCGAGCCCUCCAAGGUUGAGAAUCACGCGCUCCAACCCGGAUCACAGCCGGACUCCAAUUUACCGUGGUUCGAGAAUGCAGGCAGCAGUGCUGGAUUAAGGUCACCGAAAUUCAUGCAGUCACCGCCGAUUGAAUCCUACAGGGGUUGGUGGACUAUCCCGUACUUUUCUUGCAAGACUCGCCGCUGGCUCAUCUCGUACAGCGUCAACGUACAAUCGCCGGAUGUUCGUCCCAGGGUACGAGAAUUCAUCAGUAUAGAUAUUGAUAUAAGCGGGCUGGAGGUCAACCAAUGCUCAACUGCAUCGCCGCAAAAUCGCAAUGACGAGCUCGAUCAUUUCUCCAGUAAUCAAAUAGCCUUCUUCAAGGACACACAUAAGUGUCAUACCGACACUACGCAGUGCGUGUAUCAGGGUCCUGAUAGCCGAGUGAACGAAAAUGGCGUGGGCGCUGGUUGGACGAAAGGCGCGUACAUGUGUAAAUGUCGGCAAGGUUUUUACAGCCUCAGUCAUCAUCGGGCGGGUUUCGACGGGAGUCUCGUGGAAGCCGCGUGGAAGGAAAUGAGGGAGAACAAGAGUGACUUCUACGAGAGGACAUUUCGAUGUCUGCGCUGUGCACCAGGAUGCGCCAGAUGCAAGGGCCCCGAGCCUUGCCUAGCAACGUACAAUUGGCCCUUUAGAAUCACGCUGUUAGCUGUUUCAAUUUUUUGCGCGUUUGGCACCAUCGUCCUGGUAGCGUACAUGUAUCAGCAUCGUAAACUGAAAGUAUUCAAGGUUGCUUCGCCGAUAUUCCUAUCCAUCACGCUCUUGGGCUGCGCCUUGAUGUAUCUCGAGAUGGCCGCCAUAUUCCCUGUUCUCGAUAUGUAUUCGUGCAUCGCCACAAAGUGGACGAGGCAUAUGGGAUUCUGCAUCUCGUAUACGGCGCUGUUAAUGAAAACCUGGCGGGUUUCGCUCACGUAUCGGGUGAAAAGUGCUCAUAAAGUUAAACUUACGGACAAGCAGCUGUUGCAAUGGAUGGUGCCUAUACUACUAGUGAUGUUGAUUUUUCUUGGAACGUGGACUGUCAGCUCGCCGCCUUACGCGGAAGUAAUCACGGAUAAUCACGACUUAAAGUUUUACCAGUGUUCGUAUAACUGGUGGGAUCAUAGCCUGGCUAUCGGUGAAAUUCUCUUUCUCGCCUGGGGCAUAAAAGUAUGUUACAACGUGCGAAACGCGGAGAGUCUAUUUAACGAGGCCCGUUUGAUAAGUUACGCCAUUUAUAAUAUAGCCGCGGUGAACAUAACCAUGAUAGCCAUUCACCUCUUCAUAUUUCCUCGUGCCGGGCCGGAUAUCAAAUAUCUGCUUGGCUUCCUGCGGACUCAACUUUCAACGUCUGUUACGGUCUUUCUUGUAUUCGGUCCUAAAGUGAUCAGAGUAUUGCGUGGCCAGGGAGAUCAGUGGGAUAGUCGAGCGAGAGCGCGAGGCGUCACCGCGAGCUUCUCUCUGAACGGGAUCGGCUUGGUGCCGGAGGAGACGACGGAUUUAUACCAAGAAAAUGAAGAGCUUAAGGAGGAAAUCCAAAAAUUGGCCGCGAGAAUCGAAUUUAUGAAGAUAGUGCACAUGGAGGUGCACAACAGGCACAUCAAGCCAAAGAUGGGCGGUUACUUUAGCACGCAUGGUCACGGUCACGGACACCCAUCCGCCGGUCAGAGUCCCAUCGUCAAGAGUUCGACGGCCAGUUUUAUUCUCAAACAGACGGCCGUGGAGCGAGGUGCAACGGCAGCCGCAGCCGCGGCCGUCGAGGAUUCGACCUUCCCGUCCGGAAGUCUACACAGAGCGCGAAGGAUGGAAAUGUUGAGGGAAAGGAAAGCGGAAAGGGAGAGGGAGCGCGAGAAAGAGCGAAACAAGGACAAGGAGCAAAAGGAGAAAUCGCAGCAGGAGAAACCGCGAGAAUCGAGUGGCGAGAAGGUUUGACUAGUGAUCAAUAGCGAGGAGGUAUGGUUGUGACGAAGACAGUGUUCCGACGAAAGCGAGAAAACGAGAAAAAUCUUAUAUCCGCGGAAGAAAAGGAGGAAGAAGAAAUUGGAAAAAUUCAGGUUGUAUCCUCUAAUGGACAGGAGACUGCCCGUAUUUGUAUAAAAAGCCAUAUAAUCAAAACCAUCGCGUUCACUGUCUUCGCGCCAUUAUAAUAGUGAUAUCUUGGUAAUUACUAGAGAGUGAUGUACGAUAUAUAUCUCUUAAAAUUAUAAAAUCUCUAUCGAAUCGAGAACGCACGAAGAGCGAAAGACGACGACGAUGGCAUUCCAUGUUCCUAUCCGUCUUGCAGCAGCGACAACGUCGUUGCCUUCAAGGACAUGGCGUAUUGUUAUUAUAUAUUAAAUUUCAAUAUUUUCUUUCCGAUAUAAAAAGCAUUCUCGAAUGCAAAGGACGCCAUCAAUGCAGCGCGAUUAACUGUAAAACAAAUUGUGUUUCUAAAAAACGGAUGUGUUUCGUUGAGAAAUUAGACGGAGCAAAGGAAAGAAAACUGUAAUACCGAGCUGUCACAAAUGCACAAAGAAUGCACAGGCGAAUCGUCGUCGCUUCAACGAUACAAUUCCGCUUUCCGCAAGUGUAAUGUGUCGCUUCGUUGCGAGCAUUCGAUAGAAUUGUAAAAAACGCGCGUGUGUUCUUAAGUUACUCUUAUUGAAAUCGUUUACGUCCGUUUGCGAUGACGCGCGUGCUUUUGUCAAACACAGAAUCGCAGAGAUCUUUCUCGAUAUUAAGAACAAAAGUGGGGACGACAAAGGAAUCCCUUCUUAAAUGUUACAUAAGCGUCAUGUUCUCGGGUUUUAAAUACGUUUCUCAGGCAAUUUUAUCAUGCCAGAGUGAAACAUCAUCUAUUCUUGAAAGAUAUACAAAUAUCACAAUUUGAAUGUAAAUGUUAAUUUUUAAGCAGUAAUAAUAUACAUAUAAUACGAGUAAAAUAGGCGCGUACUUUUCCGAAUUGGACAUUUGAUAGGCUUGACCAAUAAGUGUCAUUGAAUGUAUGGAAUUUCUUUAUUUAAUUUUAUCUCCGAAUCAUAUUCGAUGCAAUAUGUAAUUCUUCUUCGUGCUCUUUGUUGUUCUCUCAUUUAUAUUACUUUUUAUUUAAUUUGAAACAUAUUUUGUUUAUAGUUUUCAUAGAGAUUUCAAAUGUAGAGUUACAUUUAAAAUUGCAAACAACCGAGCGAUAAUUAUUCGUAACAAGAUUGUAUAAAUGUUAACAUAAAUGUGACAAUAAAGUUACACAAGGGCUGUAAAAGAAUAUCAACUUUGUUGACGAUCGUAAAGUUGCUCGCGUCUGUGGCCCGUAAGGAAAAAAAAGAGAUAAAUCAAAACGAGAAGAAAGCUAAAAAGAGAAGUAGAGAUAUAAAAAAUUGUGCGAUUAAUAAGAUCUUUGCCUUGUUGGUUUACACUUUUUUAAGAGCUUACGUUUUCACGAUAGAAUGCUGUUAUUAUAGAUCGCGUACAGUUAUGUGUUAACAACGACCGGACAGAUAUUGCUGUUCGUGUCUAAGAUAUUUAUCGUUAGUAAUAUCGUUGUUGUUGAAUAUAUGACUGGAUGGAAUGGAGAUGAGUGAUGCAAAUAUGUGUGUUACAAGUACAACAUAGAUAUAUUCGAUUGAUGAAGAAUUUAUCGAACAUAGUAAGCCCUGCGAGACUUACAUUGUGAGAUCGUAUGGAUCGAUUUACUUUAAUUUUUUUUAAGAUAUCACAUUGCAAUAUCCCUAUCUUGAACGACUCUCCAAUCUGUUCGUUCUGCUACGAUAAUUAUGUUUAAUUAACGAUUAACUUUGAACAUCGAUAAUCGUUUCCGUUUUAUCGGAAUAAUUUUCAAAUAGUGAAUAUAAAUAUUCGCGACAUAGAUAUAAUUUUUAAUAAGCACAAAUUUUUCGCACUCUUGCGUUUAUCUAAAUACAUUAAGGACAUACGAAAGUAUCGAUUCGUCGAGCAGAUUGUCAAUUGGUAAAUAAGCACGGUGAGUCAAUUUCGAGGAUCGUCACGAAUCGAAUCUGUCGCGCGGAAGCCUGAUCUCGGAUCCCAGGCCGUAAAUCGGUGAUUCGUUAGAAAAAAAGCGAGAAAGAGAGAUAGCGCGUUUCGCGUAUAAAUAAUAUACAUAUGUAUAUCCAUUAUUUGUUUAAGGGAAUUAUAGCGUAAUGGACAGAAAGAUUUUCACACAUAUUUACGUUUCUCCGAUUAAGUACAAACGACAACGCGAUAACGAUCCCGUUGCGUUGCCUUAUGUGCGCUCGAUGUAAAUCGUAAAAUGCGCUAUAUAGCUUGUGGCGCGCGCGAUAGUUCGUGAUAAUAGAUCGUAAGAGAUGAAUCUGCUUUCAGUGUUGCGUAUCGUACGUUUGAAAAAUCCGCUUCGUUUACAAGAGAAA